GUGCUUACUGUCACACGUAUCAAGAUUGCCUUUAUCACGUCGACGCCGACUAUAUAAAUCCAAUCAGUUUGGGCUGAUGUUGUGGUUAUUUGAACGAGAACAAGCAAUCUGAAAAGGAAAUACUCGAAGCCCACAUGUCUGAAAACUACACAGAAACAAAAGUUAACGGCUCUGGUGGUUCGAGCCUUUGCGUCAUUCAACCAGCCACUCCCUCAACACAGGUUGGCUUGACCAUUGUCUAUUUCAUCGUGUUCUUUGUGGCUUUGGUAGGAAACGCUCUUGUAAUUUUUGUGGUCCAUCGCCACCCAAAACUGAAGACCACGUUUAACAUGCUUAUCGUCAACAUGGCGGCCUCCGAUAUCCUUGACGUAAUUACUGCUAUCCCUCUGUCCAUUGCCUACCUGUAUGAGAGCGUAAAGUGGUUCUCUGGAGGGUUUGGUGCCUUUCUAUGUAAGACCUUGCCGUUUCUUGCCUUUGUUUCCAUUGGUACAUCUGUCCUGACAUUGACGGUCAUGACCUUUGAUCGCUACCGUGCAAUCGUGCACACAAUGAGGAGGCCGCUGACGCCAAAGCUCACCGCUGUAGCAAUCGGCUCAACAUGGGUUAUUUCAGGCCUGGUGUUUGCCAGUGAGCUCUACAAGUACAAGCUUUUCAACGCAGCGGGUCAAGUCAUGUGCGCAUCAAGAUGGGUUGAAGAUGUUCAAGAGUCGAACAAAAUCACGAUGUACGAGUUGAUCGUUCGGUUUGUCCUGUUAUACCUGAUCCCUCUUCUCACCAUGGCCGUUCUGUAUACUAGGAUUGUGCUGCAUCUGUGGAAACGAAAGGCUCCUGGAGAGCACAUUGAUAAAACCCAUCAGCGCAUCGAAAAGCAAAAGCGCAAAGUUGUCACCAUGCUGGUCACCAUAGUAACAAUUUUUGCCAUUUGUUGGCUUCCAGCACACGUCAAUCACUUUCUGGUGACUUUUAACUUCAAUGUGUACAGCUGUCUACCUACGUCGUUGGUUCUGUCACUUUAUUUUUUGACGCACGCCAAUACUGCUAUCAACCCGUGUCUGUAUCUCGUCUUCAAUGAGAGCUUCCGUGAAGGAUUCAGACACCAGAUUUACCACAGGCUCAGCGGGCGUCUUUUUAACGGAAGUGAUCGUUUCUCCACUUCCAGAGCGGAGGCUAUAAGCGCAAGUGCCACGGCCUCCCACAUUUCUCUUGUGGGAAGCAAGCAGGGAAGUAAAAGAGAGGAUCGAUAUGAUACUCCACUUUGACUAAGACUGAGUCAGCUCAAGUAUGGACUUGCAGUCCAUGGCUCGCGCUUGGGUUUUUGAUGAAGUUGAUCUAUUAAACGUUUUGGGUUCUUUUGCUAAGUUUUCCGAUGACUUUUAACUUGUAUGUUGCUUUCGACCAAUCAGAACAAAGACCAAUAUAUACGAAAAUUUUUAUUGCAAAAUAAGUUGAGGUUUCAGUUGGCUUGAACAAGCAGCAGUGGUAGAAGUAAGGGCUAAAGUAAGUUUAUCAAAGCAACAUCGUAACACACAUUAAUUUGGAAUUACAAAGCACGACAGUUUGUAAUUAACAUUUGUGAACAUUUGAACAUUGUAAUGUUGAAAAACAAUUCAUGCAAUCCGGCUAAUUUAUAUUCAUUUUUAUAUUACAUUUUUCGUUAAAUAACUCUUUUUCAGUUAUCUUACUGACUGUCAUGCGUUUUCCUGAGUUUUCUUGCAAACUUUCUUCAUAGAACGCGCGUUUCUUCUUUUGUCAAGAUUUUUGGAGUGAUCACACUUCAACGCUGAAAAUUGCAGAGACUAUGAAAUGGUUUACUUCAUGAGCGAUUUCCUGUUACUACAAAGGUUUCGUUUUCCAAUUAGUUGAAUUUGGGUCCGAAAAAUUAACUUCCACAUUGAAGAGAAAAUCCUUUGAGAUGGAAAGAUUGAAUCUCUCAAGCAGAGAUGAUGACUAUAUACUAGAGACACGAGUAUAUAAAAAUGAUAAUGACUUUCACGCUUUAAGGAAAACUGAGUGUAAAGUAUGAACAAGAAAGUCGAGCGUAUAGAUAAUAGCAAGCUACUAACGUACUCGAUAAUUUAAGCAUCUCAUACAAGAGUGUAAGCAAACAUAACGCGUGGAUAAUCAUAGUGCGUUUCACUUAUAACUCAGGUGGAUGCGUGCAGAACACAGGUAAAUGAUCACAUAAAUUAUCACAUAAAUGAUCAUGUCACAGUGACAUAUGGUCUUGUUUGUAUAUGCCUAUAGAGCUAAAGUAAUAUAUAGAGGAUAUUACACGGUGGCGAGAAGAUAUGAAUUUUAUGUUCGAGUGGCCACUCGGGUCCCGGAUGAA